ACAAUCAUUUCCUUCCGUCCACAAGUUCCAGUAAACAUCCACUCGCGCACCUCUGAUCCUCGCAACAUUUUUCUGCGGCAAACGCGAAGAUGCUGCUGCAGCAACUUGUUCUGCUGAUCGGUAUUCUCGCCGUCCAUCCUUUGGCUGCAUCUGUGAGCGUAUCUGCGACUGCAUCUCCACAAUCGAUAUCGGCCGUUCAGACUGCAUCAGCAAGUCUUCAACCGAGUCCAUCCCAAACACCUAAUGGUCUCGCCUCCCAGGCCCCUCAUCUUGACAGCACUGCAGCGAUGUCCCUCGGAACAUCUGCUCCAGUUAUGACGCCGCCCCUCGGCACAUCAGGUCCAGUUGUGACGCCGUCCCUCGACAUAUCAGCCCCAGUUGUGACGCCGUCCCUCGUCACAUCUGCUUCAGUUGUGGCUCCGUCCCUCGGCACAUCUAAUCCAAUUGUGGCACAGUCCCUCGGUACAUCGGCUCCAGUUAUGACGCCGUCCCUCGGCACAUCGGCUCCAGUUGUGACGCCAUCCCUCGGCACAUCGGCUCCAGUUGUGACGCCGUCCCUCGGUACAUCUGCUGCAGUUAUGUCCCUCGGCGCAUCGGCUCCAGUUGUGACACCGUCCCUCGGCACAUCGGCUCCAGUUGUGACGCCGUCCCUCGGCACAUUGGCUCCAAUUAUGUCCCUCGGUGCAUCGGCUCCAGUUGUGACGACGUCCCUCGGUACAUCGGCUCCGGUUGUGUCCCUCGGUACAUCAGCUCCAGUUGUUGCCCCGUCCCUCAGUACAUCAGCUCCAGUUGUUGCCCCGUCCCUCGGUACAUCAGCUCCAGUUGUUGCCCCGUCCCUCGGCACAUCUGCUCCGAUUGUGGCUACGUCCCUCGGUACAUCUACUCCAGUUGUGGCGCCUUCCCUCGGCACAUUGGGUCCAGCCAUGACACCAUCCCUUGGUAUAUCGAGCGCCACCAUCGUGCCAUACCUCAGCACACUAUCGCCGACUCGUGGUAUUUCACCAUCCUUGAGUACCCAGGGCCACGUACCCUCUCCCAGGCCGUCUUUACUUGCCAUUACACCUUCCCCCGGCAUAAUGACCUCGAUAAUUACGCCUGUCAUGGGUACACAAACCCCAGUCAUCGCAAACUCCCUCGGUACACCGACUCCAACCGUCACACCUUCACUGAGGACAUCGGAACCACUUGCCAGACCGUCCUCUAGCACUGCUACACAGGCGCCUUCCAUCACCUCGUCCUUGGAAGCUUUUAGGUCAGCCGGUUUCUCGACCGCAUCGGCGACACACAGUACACCACAGCUGAACACCGUGCGACUCAACACCUCUCAGAUGACAGUGAUGCAGACAAGUACGGUGCUCAUAUCUCCCUCUGUGGCGAGAUCAAUGUCAUCAGUGACAGCAACCGUGACCGCAAACACAACAGCUCCGACAUCACCACCUCGUCAGGUACCAGUUCUCCAGGCACAGUCGUUUGACGUCAUUUCGCGGAGCAGUGACGUGUUCAGUCCGGUAGAGGGCACUACAGUCGUUUUCAACUACAUCAUACGGAACACUGGCCCCGUGGACCUCCCUCCCAGCCGCGGCGGGACUCUGCAAAUAAAGGUGUACCUAACUGACAGUGCACAGUUUGACGCCGCCACGCUCGUGUCUAAACCCACAGACGCCACCGUGAGUCCCCUGCACACCGUCCUGAUCAGGCACGGCUUAAAGACGGGCGAUGUUGUUGAACUGUCCGACUUGUCAGCCAAAGUGUCUGUUCCCGGGGCUAACUGCAGUUCCUAUACCCACCUCUGUGUGGCGCUUGAGAUACACGGGACGGCAGUGAAUCAGACCACGACUGGGGUCUGCAAACCGCUGGGGAGUGGACAAGGCGGAGUUGGGGCACAGGAUUGUAGUAAAGUGUUAGGGACGUGCAGCGUCACAUGCGACGCCAAUGCGAACUGCAUCAGGGCAGACGACGGUAAAGCGAGCUGCGCAUGUGCAUCAGGGUAUACCGGGGAUGGCACAGUCUGCUGGGACGAAGACGAGUGCAGGAGCGCUCCUUGCGCCGAUGUCUCGAACUCCAGGUGCGUGAACACUGUCGGGUCGUACCAUUGCGCGUGCGUGCCGGGGUACGUCAAGACUGGUGGGGCGUGCAGAGCCGUGAUGUCGUUCCAAGCAGACGUGCGGUUCUUCGCCUACAACUACACAGACGCCUACUCGAACAGGAGCUCCGCGGAGUAUAGGCAGUUAGCAGAUAUCUACUUAACAGAGAUGACAAGCCUGUACCUAGCCAGCCCCCUAGCGACUGUCUUCCGAAGUGUGGAAGUUCUGGGAUUCCGGAAAGGCAGUGUGAUCGGCACCCAUGCAGUGAAUGUGGCAGAGGGUAGCGGACAGACGGCAAGUGCCGUCAGCACAACCCUGCAGAACGCCAUCCAGUCGGCAGGGGGCACCACUCUACAGAUGUCUUCAGAGGUUACAGUCACAGAUUAUGACGAGUGUGCGAGCCCGGACAGUCACGACUGCAGCCCUGACGCCAGGUGUGAGAACCAGGUGGGCGGGUUCACCUGCGUGUGUCGCACGGGCUACCAGGACAGGUCACCUCAGGACAGGCCGGGAAGGAAAUGCUACAACUCAACCCUUGUUGCCGGGGUUACCUUAGGGCUGGUGGCUCUAGCGCUACUUAUCAUCGUCCUGGCUGUCUGCUGUUGUCGGAAGAGGAAGAAAGCUGAGCCUGUUGGAGUAGGAGACCUUGUUUGGGGGAAACAGAGCGUGCGGGCGUUCUGGUGGCCAGGCGAGGUGGUGCCGGGAAGGAACGGGAACUCGCUCUGGGUCCGCUGGUUCGGACUCAACACCUUCUCUCCGGUCAGCGAACUAAAAGUUCAGAAGUUCCAGUCGCUGGAGCAACACUACGACUCAGAAGCUAACGAGACAAUGCAGUCCUACCGCGAGGGUUUGAACAGAAUUAUGGAGAAAAAGAAUUCACAGCGAAGGGACAUGUACGAAAUGAUAUCGGGCAAUGAGGUAAGUGCUUUAAGGGAAAUUGUGUCGUUGGGAUUAAGAAAAAUUUAAGACGUCUACAUUGUUAUUCUGUCUGUAAAGUUUUCGCAUGAAUAGCAAAUUAGAACACAACCGUUUUAAUCACUUAUAAACGUAAUUCUCCUUUUGCCCAGUUUGUUCCGUUGUAUGCAGAAACCGUUUUGGACGACACCGCACCUCCAGACGAAAAUGCGUACCAAGACGUCAUCAAUGAAUAUCAGCGGCUGAUGUUACCCCCUUCUUCGGGACCAAUGGACGAGUCCACUGCUGAGGCGCAUGCUUACACCAACGGUGCCAUCCUUCUGGACGAGGGCCCAUACCGAGAAAUGGAAGUUAGAUGAACAAAUUAGAAGACAGUUCCAGGAUAUUGCCUAGUUCCUUAUUAAGUAGAGAUAUGUGUUGAACAGGUAUUAAUGUCAGCGUCCCACUAGUGACUGAAGUCCUGAGAAAUUUUGUAACACUAUAGUUUUGUAUUGUUAUGUAGUAUUGUUCACUUGUGCAUACACAUGUACUGUUGUAGUGUAGGCAGCCGUUGUGAAAUAGAUACUAGUACGAGGUAAUGUAAGCGUAGACUAUGAAGCGGAAAUUCGCCUAACUUUGUAAAUACUUUUAUCAAGUUUCCCAUGUUAGUAGUGACUGUGUGUUUUGAAGCCAAUAGAAAUCUGAAUGGUAAUCUGUGUGGUGUGUGUAUGCUUCAAAGGGCAGGUGUUUGUAUAUUGUAUGUACAUGACACAAACAAAAGUAUCAACAAUU